AGGCAGCAUGGUCCGAGGGGUACCAUGGGGCCCGACAGAGUGACAGCACGAGAACUGUGUGAGAACGACGACCUGGCCACCAGCCUCGUCCUAGACCCCUACCUCGGUUUCCGCACCCAUAAGAUGAAUGUCAGCCCUGUGCCCCCCCUGCGGCGACAGCACCACCUGCGCUCAGCGCUGGAAGCUUUCCUGAGGCAGCGGGACCUGGAGGCUGCGUACCGGGCCCUGACGCUGGGAGGCUGGAUGACCCACUACUUCCAGAGCCGGGGCCCGCGGCAGGAGGCUGCCCUCAAGACCCACGUCUAUCGCUACCUCCGUGCCUUCCUGCCAGAAAGUGGCUUUGCCAUCCUGCCCUGCACGCGAUACUCCAUGGAGACCAACGGGGCCAAGAUUGUGUCCACUCGUGCUUGGAAGAAGAAUGAGAAGCUGGAGCUGCUGGUGGGCUGCAUUGCAGAGCUGCGGGAGGCAGACGAGGGGCUGCUGAGGGCCGGCGAGAAUGACUUCAGCAUCAUGUACUCCACCCGCAAGCGGAGUGCUCAGCUGUGGCUGGGCCCCGCCGCCUUCAUCAACCAUGACUGCAAACCCAACUGCAAGUUUGUGCCCGCAGACGGGAAUGCAGCCUGCGUGAAGGUGCUCCGUGACAUUGAGCCAGGGGAUGAGGUGACGUGCUUCUAUGGCGAGGGCUUCUUUGGUGAGAAGAAUGAGCACUGUGAAUGCUACACCUGUGAAAGGAAAGGUGAAGGAGCUUUCCGAACGAGGCCUAGGGAGCCUGCAUUGCCACCACGGCCCCUGGACAAGUACCAGCUGCGUGAGACCAAGCGGCGGCUGCAGCAAGGCCUAGACAGCAGCAGCUGGCAGGGCCUGCGGGGCCCUCGGGCCUGCGCACACCUGUCCUCGCUGCGCCGGGACCCAUUCUGCGCUGCCUGCCAGCCCCUGCGCCUGCCACCCUGCAGUACCCGCCCAGACACCUCACCCCUCUGGCUCCAGUGGCUGCCUCAGCCCCAGCCCCGAGUGCGGCCCCGGAAGCGCCGACGUCCCCGGCCCCGGAGGGCCCCAGUGCUGUCCACCCCCUACAAUGCCCAAGUCUCCCUGCACCAAUGGGGAGGCUGUGGCCCCCACUGCCGCCUAGGAGGAGAGGCCCUGGUGGCCCUGGGCCAGCCUCCCCGCACCCACUGGGGCCCCCAGCAUGACUGGCACUGGGCCCGGCGCUAUGGGCUGCCUUACGUGGUGCGUGUGGACCUUCACCGCCUGUCCCCAACCCCACCAGUCACCCCAGCCCCUGCUGGGACCCUAGGCCCCCCCAUCCUGAUCCCCAAACAAGCCCUUGCCUUCGCCCCUUUCUCCCCACCCAAGCGCCUACGGCUGGUGGUCAGCCACGGCUCCAUCGACCUGGAUGUCGACGGUGAAGCGCUGUGACAGACCAGACAGAGAUGCCCAGCAGGGAGGGAGAGUCUCUCUCCUGGCCACCCCAGGACUUCCAGAAGGAGCCCUUGGGCCUCUGUGAGGGAGCUAACCCUUGACCACAGCACAGCUCUGACCCUGGAGCAGGGCUGGUGUGGACACCCCCAGGGAGCUGACCCCUGACCCUUUGUGACUGCUGACCCCUGAGCCACCCCCACAGGGAGCCCUGGCCAUUUGCUGCCCUCCCCACCCCUGCCCCAGCCUCAGGACUGCAGGAGCCACCCGACUCCCUCAGCCCCUUCCUCCCCAGGGAGCAAAGCCAUAGGGGGCAGGGGCCACCCAUGGCAUCUCCCCAGAAGUCCAGGCCUCAGGAGGAGGUAGAAAUGACCUAGGGGUUGCACUCCCCAGAGACUGCCCCAGGAAGGGGACUGGGUUCGCUCUCAGCUCUGCAACUGUCUGCGGUAGGGGGAAGGGUGGGGGAUGUCUGGGGGCACGUCCUCCUCACCACCCCCAUGGGUCUCAGGGAGGCCGGGUGCGACCUCAUCUUUCUAUGGUGCUAUCCCUGGUGCUAUUGGGGUGGGGGGCUCCCUCCCCUCCCCCACGCCAGAAAGGAGUAUGUUGGGGGAUUGGAAGCACUUGAACUUUUUAUUUUAUUAAAACCUUGUUAUAAGUAGCA